AUGAAGUUGACGCAUACUAUUGCACAACGAGUUUUAUCAGUAAUAGGAUGUGCUAAUGGAAAUGCUGGAAGACAUUUAGGAUGUGAGAAAGCAGCUGAAGUGCUUAGAAAGUCGAAAUAUCUUAAUGACAUUUCAUUUCCUGUCAAAUGGGAAGCCAUGAUUAAAGAAACAGUGACCGGAAGACAUCAUGCUGCUUUACAGGGUGUAAUAAAAACAUGUACUGAUCUUUCAUCUGCAACGCGGAAAUCUAUUGAGACCAACGACGAAACCAUCGUACUAGGCGGCGAUCAUAGUUGUGCAAUCGGAACUUGGAGCGGAGUUUCUGCUGCAAUGAAGGCAAAAGGCGAUAUUGGACUCAUUUGGGUAGAUGCACAUAUGGACUCGCACACCCCUGAUUCAACUCCCUCAGGAAAUAUUCAUGGAAUGCCAGUCGCACACAUACUUGGCUUUGGAAACAACAAUUUGGCUUCGAUAGAAGGCUUCAAAACAAAAAUAAAGCCGGAGAACUUGUGCCUGGUGGGAAUACGAAGUUAUGAGCCUCCAGAAGAAGAAUUGUUGAAGAGUCUUGGUGUUCGAGUAUUCUUAAUGGAUGAAGUGAAGAAAAGAGGAAUUGAAGACGUAAUGCAAGAAGCUUACGAUCUUGUUAACAAAAACACAAUUGGUUUUGGAAUGUCAAUUGAUAUAGAUGGCUUUGAUACGUUAUUUGCUCCUGCUGUUGGCACUCCAGAAGACGACGGAAUCAACGCUAAAGAAUUCAUGAAGUGUCUCCAAAAAUUAGAUUUAAGUCGCUUAAUUGCAACUGAAAUUGUUGAAUUUUUGCCAGAACGCGAUGAUCAUGUGAAUACAAGUGAAAAACUUGUUGGAACUCUUAUGGACGUCAUCUAUUCAACAAAAGCCUUCCAAACGCAGGUCAAUAGGAAAAUAUUUGGCCAAUGGGCAAAGUAG